AGAGGAUUCCAUAAUGUGUAAAUAUAUAAAUGUGGUUAUUAUUUAUUGCUACAAUCAGAAAGUUUUCUCUUUAAGAACGUUAAAACAUAAACGCAUGCGCUGAAAUAUAUCGAAUAAUCUGUGAUGCUCUAUGAGAGAUGGCUCCAUGCUCAUACCUUAGUACAAUGUGAGAAUGGUGUGUCAAGGCGAAGUGCACUGGUUCGAAUCUUGUUCCAGAGAUUUUGGAUAAAAUAUUUUAUUUUCCAAUAGAAUAUCAUUUUCAAUGUAAAAAAAAAGUUCUUUAAUAAAUACUGAUCAUAUUAAUAAUGAGCAAAAAGACUGUGGAUUCUGACACUUCAUCUGAUGAUAUGAAUUCAGUUAUUACUAAAUCUAUUCAUUCAUUAUCUAAUAAUACAAAGAAGUUAAUGGUUUUUCCUAAUAUAUUACAAAAUAUUUGUUUCAGCGAUUCUAUAGGAAAAAAUGGAAACGUAAUGUCUGAAUCGGAACUUAUAAAGGAAGAACAUAAAGAUUUUGAGAUUUCCACACCCACUGGAUAUCCAAACUCAGACAUUGUGAUGAAACCAAUCACUGUCAUAGAAAUUAAUAAAAAUAAUCCAGCAAGUAAUGCAGAUAACGAAAGUUUAAAAAAUGCAACAGAAGUGCCUAAAAUUAAUACAAAUGAAGAAAAAUUAGAACCAAAAUCAAAUCACACAAAGGAAAUGCAGAAUCUUAAUAAUUGUAGAAGGAAAGAGAAGGGUAGCACAGAAGUAAGUAACUCCAUAAAUAUUUCAAGAAAUAAGAGAAGAUCACAAGAACUAAAAUGUACUGCUAAAACCUUAGAAAAUAAUCAAACUACCUCAACUGAUGUACCAAAGUCUCAGAGAGAUGACAUAAGAUCUGAACAAAGUACUAGCAUAAUAUAUUUAAGUAAAAGUUUAGAAGAGAAUAAGGAGACAGAAGCGAAAUAUGAAAUUGAUGGAAAUUUACUUAAUGAACCUGAACAUGUUUAUAAACGAACUAAAUGUGAUGAUUAUAUUACAAUAUAUAAAAAAGAAAUUCCAGACAAAAGAAGAAUGAGUACUUGUAAUACAGAAUCAAAACAAGCAGUAAUUUCUAAUACUUUAUCAAAUAAAACUGAAACAACUGAUGUUGUUCAUCACAUUAAAUGUAAAAAACAAGAGCUUGAAAAUGAAGCUGAUGAAAAUAAUAUAAUUACACUUGAUUCACAUAAAUCUUCUACUUCUGUUACACCAGUUGUGACAAAAAGUUCAUUGCCUUUGAAUUCCACUAACACUUCUGGAAAUUAUUCUAAUGUUAUAAAUAGUGAAGGAAUAAUGAGGGAGGAUUAUAAAAAUGAAAUGAAUAAUAAAAAUUUGGAAUGUGAAAAUUUAGAAAGUGUAGGGUUGAAUCAUAAGAAUGAUAAUGAAGUACAAAUGAAAUCAAUGAGUACCUCUGUGCUUGAAUUUGAAAAUGAGGGAUCUAGAAAAUUGGGAGGUGAAAAUCUAAAUGUUAAAAAUACAAGUGUUAAUGAAGAUAGAAUCAAUUCAUCACUUAUAACAUCAAAUACUUCAUUAAAUCAAGAAACUUUAAACACAGAUUCAAUAUGUCAAAAUAAUAGCAGUGAAACUUUGACAGUUAGACCAGUAGUAAGAAAAAGAGGAAGACCUAGAAAAAUUCUGCUUACAGUGCAAAAAGCUGCAGACAUUUCAAAUAAGGAAUCGCAAGAAAACUUAGGGGUUUUACAAAAAAUGAAUGAUAUCUCUAUUGAAGAAACGCUUGUUCAUAGUAACAGACAUAGUGAACAAUCAUAUAAUUUUAGUAAUAACGAUGGCAUAGCUGAUAAUAACAGUACUGAAGGUAAUCCAGAUACAUCUACAAGUAGAGGAAGAGGAAGAGGAAGAGGAAGAGGAAGAGGUAGAGGUAGAGGUAGAGGUAGAGGAAGAGGUAGAGGCAGAGGAAGAGGCAGGGGUAGAGGUAGAGGGUCAUCUUAUUCUGCAUUAGAUACUGAGUAUACAGAAAAUUCGAAGGGACCAAUUACUAUGGAAGAAAACUCAGAUGAAAAUAGUACUGUAACUCGAGCAUCAGAAGUAAAUUUUGUAACUUGUGCCAAAUGUGAUGUAGAUGUAUUAAAAGUCAAUUGGGAUUCACACAAUCUGCGCAAUCAUAAUUAUAUGAGUUGGAAAAAGGACGAUGAACCUAUUGACUUCGAAAAUAAUAUUAAACUAUGGAGAAAAGUAUUAAUGACUGCAAUUCAAAAAAGAAGGGGUCAAUUGUCCUGUGAAAAAUGCGGUGCUGUAAAGCGUAGUGCGAACGGUUUUAUAUCUCAUAUGCAAUUUUGUGGAAAAUCAGAAGAAGAAAGGCAAGCUUUGAUGGUAAGUUGCCCUAUCUGUGGUGCUGUUAUGAUGCCAUCUUCUAUGGAAAUGCAUGAAAGGGUACAUAGGCAAACAGAAAAAAGUAAAAUAAAUGAAUUGCAAUUAUAUACUGCUACUAAUGAAAGAACGAAACGUAAAGCUGCGGAAAAAGCAAUUUCAAAAAUUUCUGAAUUUACUGAGCUUGUCAAAGAUAACAAUCUACCGCCUGAAAAGAAAAUGAAGCCUGACUCUUCUUUGCUGAAAAGUUUGAUCAAAAUGCCUGAAUAUAAAAGACCUAUACCAUCUGUGUGGAAAGGCAUAUGGAAGAAACUAUUAUCUUCAGGGGGAACAAUAAAUUGUCGUCAAGUAGGCUGUACUUAUACAUGUUCCUCUUUUGAAGAUAUGUGUGAACAUGUUUCUAAGUGUAACUUCACUCCUGAGAAGAGUUAUAUAUGUAAAAAAUGUAAAUUUUCAACUACCUCUGAUGAAGAUAUAAAGAAGCACGUACUAGAAAAGCAUGCAAUAACAGACGAAGUUGAUAAAUAUUCAGAUUUUGAAGAGGAAGAUUGUAGUUCGGAUGAAAAAACACCUUCUACAAUGAAAUUUUUGUACAAGGAAAAGUUUCGUAAAAUCAAAUGGAAAGAACCGUAUCUGCUCGGUGUGCAAUGGUCUAUGGAAUUUGAACAAACAAAUUACGAACUUUGUCUAUUUAAUGACUAUUUUCCAAAUCAGUUUACUUUAUUAAACAAUUCCGAUAUUCUUAAAUAUUUGCCAGAACUAGAAAUUUCCAUGCGAACAAAAAAAGAAAAUGUGUCUAAAACACUGUGUAAUACAGAAGAUACAUGGAAGCAAUGGAAACGAUUCGAAGGUGGUUUAGAUGAAGGCACUCCAAUAUUUUUUACUGGUGGACCAGUGUGGUCAUUAGCUUGGUUACCUAUUCCAUCACCAAUGUAUGACAAGGAACCUUGUCAAUAUAUUGCGAUUAGUACUCAUCCAAAAAUGACAAGUGAAUAUACUGUAGGAAAAUCACACUCUGAGCCUAAUAUGAUACAAAUUUGGAAUGUCGGGUCUUUGAAUCACGAGAUUGAUAGUAAAACAGAAUCUCCUACUUUGUCAUAUGCUAUUGUACACAACAGUGGUACCAUAUGGUGUUUAGAAUGGUGUCCUUCCGGAUGUUAUCAAGAUGAAAGUUUAAAUAAUUAUAAGAAUGAAAACAAAAUACCCAGUAAUCUUAAGCGAAUGGGUAUGCUUGCAGCAGCUUGCUCGGACGGAAAUGUAAAUAUUUAUUCAUUACCUUUUCCAGAAGAGCUUAAAUUUAAGAAGACUACAGACAAUGGAUGGCCUAUAUAUUCCACUGAUCCAAUAAUAACAUUAGUUGUAAAUAUUUCAAUGUAUGACAACAAUGAUCAAAAUUGGCAAUGUACCAAGUUAUCAUGGACGAAAGAACACGGCCAUAAUACAAUCGCUGCAGGAUUUUCAAAUGGCUAUAUAGCUUUAUGGGAUUUAACAUAUAAAUCACCAUUAUCAAUGCAAAAAAGGAAAAACACAUAUUUCAUAAAUGCGUUUCAGCAUUUUUAUGCUCAUGGUAAUGCUGUGAGUAUGCUAGCGUUAAUUCCGUAUAAUAAAGGAAGAUUUCUAGCUUCUGGCAGUUUAGAUAGAUCAUACAAAUUUUGGAAUUUAGAAGACAUAAACAGUCCUCAAAUUAGUAUGCAAAAGUCUAUUAUAGUAAAUGGUGCAUGGAUGACACACUGGCCAUGUGCUGUUGUUACUUUUGAUGAUGCACUGGGGUACAACCAUACUUAUACUUAUUUGAUUUCAUUAAGAGAACAUGAAUACAAAUACUACCCUAUUUUACAAACAAAUUCUACCACAUAUGCUGUAGCCACUUCUGACUAUGCAAAUAGCAUUGCACAUGGCACACUAGCAGGAGAGAUACAAACAAUCUUCGCACAUGGACUUAUAUAUAAUAGAGAUAUUGAUAAAGCUUUAACGAAGAAAAAAAUGGUGAGUUCAUUUGUUAAAAUAGUGGACUUCUCAAAAAAAGAAGAUAGUAAAGAUGAUAAAAAGCACAAAAAGAAUUCGAAAGAUUAUUGUUACAUGCCAGGAACUUAUGAUCAGUGCCAGGAUCGAUUCGGUAUUGUCUUUUGUGAUAAAUUAAAAAACGUUGAACAUCAUGAGCAGAAACAACCGAAUGAGGAGGAACUACCAGAAGUUCCGCUUGAAGAAUAUCCAUUCAUGUCUGUAAACAGAAUGUCUUGGAAUCCGAAUGCAUGGAGUUACUUAUGGAUGGUAACCGGUUACCAGAAUGGUUUAGUAAGAUUAUUAAACUUCAGAUAUAUGUCUGUGUCGCGUGAACUAAAAAUGUUAUUGCCUCAAUACGUAAAGUCUAUGCUUCAUAAAGUAAAAAUUACAACAGAAGAACGUUGUUAACGCAAAGAAAAAGCAGUCCUUUAUAAUAAAAUCAAGUAUUAUGAAAUUAAUGGCGAAUGCGCCUACUCGUUGUUAAUGUGUAGCAAAUUAUUUUUUACAAUUUUAUGGGCCAAUUUUAUUAAGACUGGCAUGCUAAUGCUUCAACAAGAUUGAUUGUUAUGUAUAUAUUAAAAGAACUAUGUAAAAUUUACUGAAUGUAUUUAUCUUAGUCCACUUAAGAAGGUAACGCGUUUUGUAUAAUAUGUAUAUCUGCACGUUUUGUAAUUUGUAAUAUUUAAAAUGUGAAACUUCUGAUUAAAUUAUGUUAAUAAACAGGAUUUUUUAUAACCUUGAA